UUUCCAAAACUUGCUCAUUUCGACUCGGCGCGUUCGCGCAUUUGACAUGAAGCCGCUCAUUCUGCAACACAAUGAAAGGAGAGAUUGGUUUCGAGCAACUGCCCAUCUCCCACCACUGACUUUCCACUACAUCCACCCCCGCGCGACAAUUGCCCCUCAUCCUGCACGCUUGACGCCAGGCCCUUUAACCAACGUCCCCGCGCCUUGUCGUCUCGUCUGAUCCACCCACCUCUUUGUUUCUCCUCCGCCAAGCGACCUUCCCCAACAUGAUGAUGAUGAACAUGACGUCCAUGGCCAAGUCCAUGGUCUUCACCACCGACCACAGCACCCCACUCUACUCCUCCGCAUGGACGCCCAACUCCACUGGCGCGUACGCCGGCACCUGCAUCUUCCUCGCACUCCUCGCCGUCCUCUCACGUCUACUGCUCGCCUACCGACAUCUGCUGGAAGUGCGAUGGCACGACAAAGCCAUUCAACGCCGUUACAUUGUGCUCGCCGGCGACUCGGCCCAGGCCAGCAAAGCGCUCGGCACGAGUGGCGUGGAGAAGCGCGAAGAAGCCACUCUGACCACGCAUGGCGUCGAUGAGAGGGUUCGCGUUAUUCGAUCCUCUCGCCGUGGGAUUGAGACGAAGCCGUGGAGACUCAGUACGGAUGUGCCGCGAUCGUGUCUCUAUACAAUUCAAGCUGGCGUGGGCUACUUACUUAUGCUGGGCGUCAUGACCUUGAAUGUCGGCUACUUCCUUUCCAUUCUGGCCGGACUCUUUGUCGGCGAGCUUGCUGUCGGUCGAUACGCGACCAUGGACGACGGCCAUUGAGAGCUGAAGCAUUCUUUACGACCUUGAUGCAACCGAGGUGGCGACGGGGAGAGACGGAGCGCGAUGCAGACAUCGACCGUGACCAUAUUUGUUACGACAGCUUUCGGAGCGGUUCAAUGGAUGUUCCCCGACCAGCG